CACGUGUUCUAUUAGUGUUGCGCAAGGAGAGAGGGAAAAUUUAUUAGGAGGGAGAGAGAAAUGCCAGCUGUGCUCAAAUUCCACUCGUGGCAGCGGCCACGAAUACCGAUUAGUUGGGAGUAUUGUGAGAACUGGUUGCAUAAACGUAUGGAGUGAGAAUACAGAAACAGAAUACAGGUUGUUCGCCUAAUCAUGGACGAUCGCCGGAACAGCCGCGAAGUGAUUACCAUAUUGUUCCUGUGCCUCCUCUGGUAUGGGAUUUCAAGCAGCAGUAAUGUAGUGGGCAAAAUGCUGUUAUCGGAGUUUCCCUAUCCGAUGACAGUGACUAUGGUUCAGUUAACCUCGAUCACGAUUUAUUCAGGCCCAUUCUUUAAUCUAUGGGGUGUAAGGAAAUAUUCAAACGAUAUUCCCUGGGGAUAUUAUCUCCGGUUGAUCGUACCACUCGCUCUAGGAAAAUUUUUGGCAAAUGUGUUCAGCCACGUCAGCAUUUGGAAAGUGCCCGUUUCAUACGCUCAUACUGUGAAGGCUACAAUGCCCUUCUUCACGGUAUUUCUCUCAAGAAUCAUAUUGAAGGAAAAGCAGACUUGGAAAGUAUAUCUUAGCUUAGUCCCAAUUGUAAUAGGUGUAGCUGUUGCUACACUCACAGAACUCAGUUUCAAUAUGAUUGGUUUAUUGAGUGCCUUAGCAUCUACUAUGGCAUUCUCUUUGCAAAAUAUUUAUUCUAAAAAGGUGCUACAUGACACAGGAAUACAUCAUUUAAGACUUUUGCUUAUUUUAGGCCGCUUGGCAUUGAUAUUAUUCUCCCCUAUAUGGUUAUUAUAUGAUUUGAGGAGAUUGAUAUAUGAUCCAGUUACUAGCGAAUCAGCAGACAUAAGUUAUUACAUAAUAGGCCUGUUAUUCUUGGAUGGUGUGCUGAACUGGUUCCAAAAUAUUAUUGCUUUUUCUGUAUUAUCUAUUGUUACCCCUUUAACUUAUGCAGUUGCGAGUGCAAGCAAACGAAUCUUUGUAAUCGCAGUUACUUUGUUUGUUCUUGGAAAUCCAGUGACGUGGUUGAAUAUAUUUGGAAUGACAUUAGCUAUUCUUGGUGUGUUGUGCUAUAAUAAAGCCAAAUACGAUCAAAGAAUAGAAAAAGAAAGUCAGACAGCGCUUCCCAAAUAUCAUGAUAAAAACCGUAAUGGUAACAGUAAUAAUUCCUUCAUGGUAAAUGGAUGGACUGGAAAAAAACAACAGAUGCUUGCAGUCUAGUCUGAAUUGUUAGAUUCAUUUUAUGUUUGACAAGUUCAUAUGAGUUUUUUCUGCCAGUGAAUGAUAUUUUAGCCAUAAGGAUUUGACUAUUUAUAUGAAGAAUUUAUAAUGGGAAAGCUUAUAGUUAGAUCCUAUAAUACUAGUUAAAACAAUAUUCACAGAUCAAAACUCAUAUGAUGGCAAAAGUAUUUAUACAUAUAUGUGUAUAUUUUUUAUUAGUAUUAUUCUGCACAAAGGUAUAAUUUGCCUAGUACUCAAAUUUGGUUGUUUUUCUUUUUAUUCGUUUUCGAGAUUAUUUUAAAAACAUUUCUAUGUUUACGUUAUCUUGCUUUUGACGGGAAAAUAAACUUGCUGGCAAGGUGGGUUAUAUAUAAUUUGCAAAAUUGAUGUUUAUAGCUAAUUGCUGGGUCAAUUAGCCUUUAAGAUUGAUGACAUUCCCGCGUCGUGAAAACAAUAAUGAAUAGAUAGAUAUCCGGUUUCAAUCGUACUCGAUCGAUAUCGAACGGCGUUCAUAUAAUAUUGAUUAGGUUUCAAAUUAAAUACUUUCCUCCAGCUAUUAGCUCAGGUGAUAUGAUAUAUAGGUAAUACGACUCAAUUUCAUCAAUUUGUUAAAUUGUUACAAUAUUUUAAUCCUUUAUGAAAAUUCCUCUUAAUAAUAUUUUGGGAAAAUUUCUAUAUACAUGGAUUAUUUAAAAUAAUUUUUUUUUUUAUAUAAUAUUUAUAUUAAUUUAUGAAUUAUAAGAAUAUAGUUGAUGGAACGAAUACAGUGAGGUUCUAGAUAUCAUAAAAGCAUGAAAUAGUUUUUUGGAAAUUAAUUUAAUUAAAAUCCAUUAAUCACAAUUAUUAGAAUCAAGAAUCGAGUGCCUUAUUAUAUUAGUUCCAGCAAUUAUACUUUCCUCUACAAAUUUUCGAAAUAAUUCAUAGAGGAUUAAAUACAUGAUGUUCUAGAGGCGUAUGUUUUGGUAUGAUAUGUUUUGAUGGUAUGCGUGAGUUGUAUGCAGGAGAACAUGUUCUAGCUAAAAGCAAUCUAUACAUUUAUUUUUAUAAAUAAAAUACAGGUGUGUACAAAAAUAUACCAGAUAUAUUCACCACCA